GAGACGAAGUGGACGAUGACGAUACCGGAGAUUCCAAAGAAACACGCCUCACCUUGAUGGAAGAGGUGCUGUUGUUAGGAUUGAAAGACCGAGAGUGAGUCUAGGCACCUUCCCAGCACUGAGCCUGCUUUCUGGAUCAGCUUAUCUAGCCUUCUUGCCACCACCGACUGGUAGAACAUGUGCAGCAUCUCCCCACAGACAUCAAAGGACCUGAGCUUCCUCAAGAAGAAGAGCCUGCUCUGGCCCUUCCUGUAGGCCGCAUCAGACCAGACGAGCUUGCUGUGCAGGUGCACCCCCAAGUACCUGUAGGACUGCACCACCUUUAUGUCCUCGCCCCUGAUGUUGACCCGCUGCAGUGGUGGCUUAGACCUGCAAAAGUCCAUGACCGUCUCCUUGGUAUUCUUGAUGUUAAGAAUGAGGCCUUUCCAAUCACACCAGCUGCUGAAGGCUCCUGCAAGGUCCCUGUACUCCGCCUCCUGUCCCAUCCUCACACAUGCCACAAUGGCUGUGUCAUCAGAAUACUUCUGAAUGUGGCAGAACGGGUUACACCUCAUUCUGGAAUGACUGCAUUUCAUCGGGGCUGCGAGGGUGCAUGCUGAUUGAACUGGCCCUGCGAGGACGCCUGCAGCUGGAGGCUUGCGGCAUGAGGAGGAAAGGUCUGCUGGCCAGGAAGGUGAUUUGUAAGUCAGAUGCCCCAACAGGUGACGUGCUUCUGGAUGAAGCCCUAAAACACAUCAAAGACACCCAACCACCAGAGACUGUGCAGAGCUGGAUUGAGCUUCUCAGUGGAGAGACGUGGAACCCCCUGAAGCUUCAUUAUCAACUGCGGAACGUCCGUGAACGGCUGGCAAAAAACCUGGUUGAAAAAGGCGUCCUCACCACUGAGAAGCAGAACUUUCUGCUGUUUGAUAUGACCACACAUCCUCUGACAAACAACAACAUCAAGCAGCGCCUUAUCAAGAAGGUCCAGGAGGCCGUACUGGACAAGUGGGUAAAUGACCCUCAUCGAAUGGACAAGCGCCUGCUUGCACUCAUCUUCUUAGCCCAUUCCUCCGAUGUCCUGGAAAAUGCCUUUGCCCCACUGCUAGAUGACCAAUAUGACCUGGCUAUGAAGCGGGUGCGGCAGCUGCUGGAACUGGAGCCCGAGGGGGAGAGCAUGAAGGCUAAUACCAACGAGCUGUUAUGGGCUGUGGUUGCCGCUUUCACCAAAUGAGAAGACCAUAAAGAGUGCAGAAAGCAAUUGUGGCAUUCAAGUGGCAUUGUACGUUGAGGUAGGAAUCAGAGUACUGACCCCAACAUGGAGACUUGACUGAAAUACAGGUUUGCCCUGCCUGGACUUGUAGAAUGGGCUGACUUUUUUUUCCUCCUCUCUCGUCCUCAUUUUCUUUACAUGCAGAUAAGUGUUCCUUUGUGGCCCUGCUUCCCCCCAUGUGUUAUUCAUCUGUUUACUUAACUCUCAUGGAACUUUGAAUGACGUGGUUAAUGACGAUAUGGAUGAGGCAAGAAAUCAAGAGUUUAAUUUGUAUCCUCUUUAUUUUGUAUUGGGUAUGUCUUUGAAACUGCUUCUACCAAAAUGGAGGCACGGUAUGGCACAGGUUACUCAAGGUGCCAUCCUCAUACACCAGAGUAGACAACAACCAAUGAUGAUGUACAUCAACAAAGACAAGGCAGUGUCGUAAAGGGUUAUUUGGUCAUUUCGGCCCAAGUCCUUAAAUGGAUGGAUCUUCUAAGACAUGUGGUUGAAGUGUAUGGCUAUGAUGUAUUUUUGUGUUAUGACAUUCUUUCCCUUUCAUAUCUCCUACUGAAAGACAAGAAAUGUGGUCAGAUCAGAAAGUCCACAACCUAGUACUGAAUGCUGUCAACACUAAGAACUCAUUUCCAAAGUUGUCGCCUCUUAACACACCUUCAUCUAUUAUCAGUAUACCAGCUCCUGUGCAGGGACACAGGGUGCUGGAGACUGUUUCAGCUCACACUGGCCAGGGCCAGGGGAACACUCCAUUCAUACCUGCAGAUAAGUUACACUUUCCUAUUCCCUCGACCUGCAUGUCUUUGGAUUGUGGGGGAAACCCCUUGCAGGCCCUUGGAGAAAAUGCAAACUCCACACAGAAAGGCGUCCGACUGCCUGCUGGAUUCCAACUGAGGAUUUCCUGACUGAGUUGAAGGCGCUAAAUACUGAGCCACCUUGCAGCCCGACAUCCCAACUCUUCUGGCCUAAAGUUGUGUGGAAUUCAUUUGUCAACAGGACAAUAGGUUUUGACAUGCAUUGAAGCUUAUAUACAGCCCCUGGAAAAUAGUGCUGACUUGUAUGACUUUCCUCAUCAGUAACUUACACCUCAGACCCACUGAACAUGCUACAUAUUAAUGAGCCUUUCAGAAAUGAGUGAAGAAAGGUCAUACUGUGUUAGAUAUCAUCUGACCAGUGGAUUUGUUAUUUGUUAUGAAAUAUACAUUUUGGAUGAGUACUUUUUUUUUUUUUCUUUCGUUCAGAUGCACUGCCAACAUUUGUGCAUGUCUAAUAUAAACCGGCUUAAAUUCAGGAUUCCAGUCUGUAAUAUCUGAAUGGUAACAGUUGAGUGCAAACAUAUCAGUCUGGGUUUAGUCUUGUGAUUUCCAAUUUUUCUUGUAUUCCCUUGAUAACUCAGAUGGCUCCUGAAAAAUGUGUAAAUUAGGCUGUAUCAGAAUUUAUGCUGUAACACCUGUUACAGAUCAGACUGAAAUCUAUAAGUGGUGGGAAGAAACUCAGGAAAGUACACCUAGUCAGUGCCAGCUAUGUUUGUAAAAUUUGACUAGCCAGUUUUCUCGUGAAUUUAAAUAUAAUCACAAUUGAAGUUUUCCAUGCAGCCCAAUGCACAAUCAGUGCAUUUUUGAUUGUAUUCUGAGCUUUAAACCCGUCUGCUACCUGGUUUUGAUUUAAAAAAAAUCAAAGACCUUUUUGUCAUUUAGUCAAGCCAUUUAGUGUAAUAAAAUUAUGUGAACUCUUUCCCAGUGAAUGGAGAGAUCUGGGUUGUUUAAAGUCAAUUUAAGACUGAAUCUGACAUAAAAUGCCCCCAAAGCGCCUUCAAACAUGCAAGAAAACCAUAUUUAAUUAGAUAUAUUGUCUAUAUUUAAACAUACAGUAACCGAAAAUCAUGAGGCUAUCCUGACUUGUUCCACUGUAGUGGAUUCAUAUUUAAAAUCUACAAUAACUUAAGAUAUUGAUCUUUCCAUGCGAACAUGCAGCAAAUGCAUGUGCCGACAGCCAUAUUUUGCAGUUUCUUGUGCGUGCUCUCAAAAUGGAUCCAUUGUAUUGACAAGAAAAAAAUAAUCUGAUGGAUCUAACGAGCUCCCCAAAGCGUUAGCAGAAUGAAAAGAUGGGCUCAUAUUCCAGAUUUAUACCACUAGGAUCAGGAAUAAUUUUCCAGCACUGUCAAAGCUGAUAGUUAUCAUGUUUCAGCUGCAGUCUUAAAAAACACUGGACAUUGUGUUCUAAAAUGUUCAACAAAGCCUGUUCAUGAAUGAAGUACCCUUCAUGUCAUUUUCUCAUUUGUUUGACUGUUCUUUUUUUUACACAACUACUCAACCUUCAACCACAUGUUGCCAGUAUGCUGCUGGCAAUUCCGAGUUUCCAGUUCACCUUAACUGCAAGUGUGUGGACUGUGUGAUAAAAUCCUUGCAGGCUCGUGGGAAAAUAAAAACUUGACACAAGAAAGACCCCCAGCUGCCUGUUUGGUUAACAGAGGAUAUAUGUAUGACAGCGCUUUGACUGAGCCACUGAGCCAGCCGACAGUCUAUCCCUUCUGGCCAAGUCAUGUUAAACUUUUUAAACAAUUUUUCUUCUGUUAUAACACAUUUUGUUAUUCAACCUCAUGAAUUUUGUGAAAGACAUUGCUUUGUUCCAGAAAGCCUACUUAUGAUACAGUAUGUAGCAAAGGACUGAGAGUAAUUAGUCUGUGAUGAUUGGAAAGGAGAGGAGGUGACCAAGGGGAUUUCACCUCAAACUGUGGCGUGAACAUGAGAGAUUAUGUUGUCUAAAUAAAGGGACCUCUAGUCUGUGUA